AAUAGAAAAACAACAAAAGAAGAAUCCCGUGAUUUGAAAUUCCAGAACUUUCCUCUGCCAGAAAUUAGGUCAUGGCCUCGAAUCCAUAGUGUCACAGGCCAGUACCAGACUAUUAAUGAGCCUCUUCUUGAUGGCGGAAGGAAAUUAGCAGCAGUCCUCGAUGGAGCAGAAGGCCACACAGACGAGGACUAUGAAGACCUUGAGUUUCACAUGGUAGAAGCACAGCAAUCAGUGAAAAUUUUACCAGCCAGGCCUAUAAAGGAAUCUGAAUAUGCGGAUACACGUUAUUUCAAGGGUGUGAUGGACACACCCCUUUCCUUAGAUGCCAAGACCUCUAUCCCCACAGACAGGCAAACCCGGAUGAGGCUGGAAGAAGUGGAACAACCCAUUUCCAGGGAUAUCAGAAGCCAACAUGUCAAAGGAGACAAACCCACAAAGGGAAACAAGACUCCUUUACCACCUCCUCGGCCGCCCAUCACUCUUCCAAAGAAGUACCAGCCCCUGCCCCCUGAGCCGGCGAGCAGCAAGCCACUCUUCCCUCAGAGGUGCACCUUUGAAGAAGUCCAGAGAGAGUCCAGACAGAUAAGCUUAAAGAACUUAAGUGAGGUUCUUGGAACAGAGAAAGUUCCUCAUCAUCAGAUGAAGCCUGAAUUAUCUCACCUGUCACAAAACCAAAGUCCUCAAGAGAUUUCUCUUGCCAUUACCAGCUCUUCAUUCGUGACUCACAACCAGAGUGUACAAAACAGAGAUCAUAAAGAAAGCAUGCAGUCCUAUCCUCCUCAGAGAUGUCCGUCUCCAGCCAGCUAUGGCCCUCUGGAAAAUUCGCUACGUUGUAAAUACACGAGCAGGAAGAAACCUUUCCCCACAAGGUCUGACGAAGAGGAUAUCCGGCACAACGAAUGGUACAUUGGAGAAUACAGUCGCCAGGCAGUGGAAGAGGCAUUGAUGAAGAAGAACAAGGAUGGCACCUUCUUGGUCCGAGACUGUUCCACAAAAUCCAGGGCGGAGCCCUAUGUGUUGGUGGUGUUUUAUGGGAACAAAGUCUACAAUGUGAAAAUCCGCUUCCUGGAGAGGAAUCAGCAGUUUGCCCUGGGAACAGGGCUCAGAGGAGACGAGAAGUUUGACUCAGUGGAAGACAUCAUCGAACACUACAAGUAUUUUCCUAUUAUACUCAUUGACGGGAAGGAUAAAACUGGGAUCCACAGGGAACAGUGUUACCUGACUCAGCCCCUCCCUCUCAACAGACACGUCUCAUUUAUGUAG